AUGGCUCAGAAGAGACGUGUUGGUUGGGGUCGCCAUAAAUGUGUUUCCUUUAACGUAUCUUGCUGUGUGUUUGGUUUUUCAACGACGGUGAGAGAUAAGGCGAGGAGAGAUUUAAGAGAUAGAACCGACGUAGGGAGCUCCGUUCUGAGUUCCUUCGCUGCAGAAGUCAUGAUGGACGAGAUGUGUAUGGUGAUGUGUGGAGCAUGGCUAUGUGGGUCUGACGGGAAAAGGGAGUUUGUUGUGGACAAGAGAAACAUGGCGAGAAUGAUACCUGUCCAUGAAGCGCUGACCAUAAAGGAGAUCGAGGGUCAGGUGUUUGCUGAGUUCAAGAAGUCGGAAACUUCUUUCAAUGUAGCGCUUAGCUACUGGCCACCAGACAGCAAGGACCUUGUGACAGGAAUUAAAACACCCCCCGUCUUGCUGACAAGCGAUGGUGCGCUUAGGUAUUUCUUUUCCCACAUGAAAGUCACCGGGACUUUGAAUCUGUUCGCAACUUUCGACAGUUUGGGGUAUGCUACGGCUGCUGCUGACUUGGAUGGCUUUGAAACACCGAGAUGCAGUACGAAGCAGCGCGAGAGUGGUAGUAAAAGAAAGGAUGUCGACCUCUCCAGCGUUGGUUCGAAAACCAACUUCAUUAACCUUGAUGAUUUUCAGCUUAUUGAGGAGGUUGAGAAAUUAGAAGAGAGGUUGAUGUCAGAAAGUAACCCCACUGGUGGAGGUGAUUGUAGUGGCUGGAGUGACGGUAUUGACAGUGACUACAGUGGGCCAGAAGAGAUUGAUGAAAGGGAUGUUAGGCCUAGAGGUUAUGACGUUGAGUUUUUGGAGCCACUAAUUGAUGGUGAUUUGGGAGGCCGCAACGCUGUUGAAGUUGUGUUUAACGACAAAGAGGCCAAUGGGGUUGCGAAGUUGUCGGAGGGUAGCAGAAGUGAGCCUGUCGGGGAAAGCAGCGGCGGUGGUAGAUGUUUGAAGGGUGAGAUCCAUGUGGAUGACUUCGCUUGGAUGGGUAGAACGAGUUUAGGUGGACGGAACACUCGUGGUCAGGAGCCGGUCUACGAAGCCGCCGAGAUCCCAGGGUUAGAUGUUGAAGAGGCCGAUGGGGUUGUUCAUGUUGGGAAGGUGUAUGGUAGUAAAGUCGAUUGUCAGAUUGCUUUGGCGAUUUAUGCUAUCAAAGGGCAGUUUCAGUUCAAACAGACGAGGACAAAGGUAGACUCGUUUGUGUGCGAGUGUCCCGAUGAUUGUUGUGACUGGAGAGUCACAGCUCACGAGAUAAGGGGGUGUGGUUACUAUGAAAUUAGGAAGGCUCAGCUGGAUCAUUCUUGUCCAAUCGAGAGUAGGAAUGGGUAUGGUAGUAGGGGGACUGCUAGGGUUAUUGCAGCGGUGUACAAAGCAAAAUUCAAAGAUCCUUCGAAAGGCCCAAAGGUGGUUGAAAUCCAACGGCUUUUGAUGGAGGAUCUUAGGAUAUCGGCAUCUUACAUGAAGUGUUACAGAGCCAAAGAGCAAGCAAUCUUUGAGUUGAGGGGACCAGAUGAUGACUCGUAUAUGAAGCUGGCUGAGUAUCUGUAUAUGCUGAAACUUGCUAAUCCCGGGACGGUAGCUGAUAUUGAGACAGAGGUUGACGACGAGGGGGUGGAGCGGUUCCUUUACAUGUUUUUGGCUUUUGGGGCAUCUAUUAAGAGGUUUCAGAAGCUGAGGCAUGUGUUGGUUGUAGACGGCACCCAUCUAAGUGCGAAGUACAAGGGAGUGUUGCUUACAGCAAGUGGACAAGAUGGCAAUUUCAAAGUGUUUCCUUUGGCAUUUGCAAUAGUAGACAGUGAGGAUACUGAGGCUUGGACGUGGUUUCUGCAGAAGGUGGAGAGGCUAUUGGCGGAUUCGAGCAACCUUGCUAUAAUAUCAGAUCGGGCCACUUCAAUUGCCAAUGCGGUCAGCUGUUUGUAUCCACAAGCCCACCAUGGGUUUUGUAUCGUCCAUUUAGCCCGGAACGUGAAUGCUAGGUUCUUUAGCAAGGGGUUAGCGAGGUUGGUGACUGCGGCUGCGACUGCGCAUAGGCUGAGGGAUUACAAGAACUUCUGUGACAAGAUCAGGGCGUCAAACAACGCAUGUGGGGUCUAUUUGGGGAAGAUAGGGUCUGCCCAUUGGUCUAGAACGUACUUUGAGGGGCAGAGGUAUAAUAUAAUGACUAGUAACAUAGCUGAACAGCUUAACAACGCAUUGGAAAAGGGUAGGUCGUCCCCAAUAAUUGAGUUGGUGAUGUUCAUACAAGGGAUGACGACAAGGUGGUUCAGUGCAAGGCGUAAGAAGGCCAAUAAGCACUGGGGUUUUGUGAGGGGCAGCAAGGUGAACUCUAUUUCUAGCUGGAGCUGCCAAGUUGUUGGGAAGUUUGGUGGUUCUGAGAGUGUUCAGUUGGAGCAGAAGAAGUGUACUUGCAAGUACUUUGACCACAUGAAGAUACCAUGUGGGCAUGCCAUGAUUGCAGCUGACAACCUAGGUCUCGCAUAUGAGACUAUGGUAGGACAUUGGUACAAGACGGUGGCGUGGAGGGAAACCUAUGCAGGUGUUAUUAGGCCAAUUGGCGACCCUAGGGACGAAGAUACUCCCGACGAUGUCAGGAAUGCAAUGUUAAUGCCACCAUUGACUAAGAGGCCACCAGGAAGGCGUAGGACCAAACGAUUCCCCUCGACAGGGGAGAUGCCGGGCCCUAAGAAGAAGACUGUGCCUAAUAAGUGUGGGAGGUGCAAGGUAGAAGGACACAACCGGACUAAUUGCACUGUUCCGAUAUGA